AUGAAACAUCUGACUGGCCCUUCAGUGAAACGAUUAUCUACAACUCGCUGGUCGGCGAGAUAUGAAGCUUGCAACAGCAUGAACCAAAAUUGGAAAGAAGUUGUCGCAGCUUUGAGUGAAAUUGAUGAGCGGGACAGGUCUAAGACUGGGAGUGAAGCAAAAGGAUUGAAAAUCAAGCUAACAUCUCUGGAAACCGCAAUAAUGUUCGCUGUAUGGAGUCCAAUUUUGGAAAGAUUUGAUAAAGUGAGCGAAGCAAUACAGAAAGUUGGCAUUGGUAUAGAUGAAGUAGUUUUGUAUUAUGAGUCAUUGGUUGAUUAUAUCUUAGGAUUAAGAGAUCAAUUUGAUCGAUUUGAGGAGAGAGCGAAGAUCAGUUCUGGAUUUGAGAAAUAUCGGAGUGAAGAAAGAAGAGCCACAACAAGAACUGUUCCUGCUGAUGAAACUCGAGUGGGACAUACUGCUUUGAGUGGGAGGGAAAACUUCAGAGUAGGGGUUUAUCUUGUUAUAAUUGACUAUCUAAUAAGAAAAUUGAAUCAACGUAAAAAUUGCUACAAGGGUUUUGCUGCGAAAUUCUCCUUUUUAUUAAAACUGCAAUCGAUUAGUUCUGAAGAAUUAGGAGUAGCGGUUACUAAUCUCAUCUCUAGUUUUCCUCAGGAUUUAGAUGAAAAACUCCACGAUGAAUGUUUGCACUUCAAAUCCUACUUAGCACAGUUAGAACAACCUCCAAAAACUCUACACGAGAUGAGUACCUUCAUUAGAAGUGAUAAAAGCUUAGUGCAAGUGUUUCCCUACAUCGAUAUUACAAUUAGAAUGUUUUUAUGCACUUUUGCAACGAACUGUUCAGCAGAGAGGUCGUUUUCAGCAUUGAAGCGAAUUUUAUCCUAUUUGCGAUCUAGCAUGUCUCAAGAGCGUUUGAAUUCUCUGGCCGUUUUGUGCAUUGAAGCUGAAUUGUUGAAAAAAUUAAACUUCGAAGCUGUGUUGCAACAAUUUGCGGAAAAGAAGGCAAGAAGAAAACCAUUAUUAGUUUGA